AUGGAGUCCUCUUUCAACGCUGUAGAGCUCCGGGAGCUGCGGGGCGGAGGAGGCCGACGAGGCCUGUCUCCGACGGCGACCCCCUGGACCGCGGCCACGGUGAGCAGCGGCGCCCGGGGCUUCGAGAACGCCUCCUACCAGCAGGACGACGAGCAGAACCAGCAGCAGCAGCAGGAGGCGGCCACCUCGGCCAGUUAUCCGCCCCCAGCGUCAGGCAACAGCAAGCAGCAGCAUCCAGAGGUGUCUCCUCAGUCCUAUGAUGAGGAGGAGGCCGGUGCAGGAGCCGCCGGCGGUCCGGAGGACGGUCAGGACUUCACAGAGUUCAGCCCGGCUGACGACCACUCGGCGGACUACGGCUUCAUCCUGGCUCUGGUGUUCCUGGUGAGCGGCAUCGUGCUGGUGGUCAUCGCCUACACCAUCCCCCGGGAGGCCAAAGUGGACCCGGACUCGGUGUCGGCGCGGCAGAUGGAGAAGCUGGAGAUGUACUACGCCCAGCUGGGCUCCCACCUGGACAAGUGCAUCAUCGCGGGUCUGGGUCUGCUGACACUGGGGGGGAUGUUCCUGUCGGUGCUGCUCAUGGUGUCCAUCUGCCGGGGCGAGAUGUACCGGCGCAGGGCGGCGUUCGUUCGACCCAAAAGGACUUACGGCUCCAUCAACUUGAGGAUGAAGCAGCUGGCCACCGGGGAGGCGGGAGGAGGCGACGGCGGGGACGGAGGGGAGGAGUUUUUGGUUGCAGAGACGCGGAAUAACGUACAGCCAGAACCGAGCCGGGACUCCAAACCAGAAGCAGGACCGAGCAGACAGCCUCCUCCUCCUGCUGCUCCUCCUUCAGCUGCUGGACGUGGACUCAACUAA